GUGGCAAUCAUCAUCAUAGAUAUUUUGUUCAUUCAUUCAUUCAUCAUUGAAAGAACAUCAUUACCCAACAAAAAAAAAUUGAUUCGAUUCGUUUUCAAUGGAUCGAUUGAUGGUGACCAAGUUGGACAUCAUUGAUCGACAAAAAAAUAAAAAAGAAGGUGGUGGUGUUGUUGAUAAAUGCCUCAUUCAAAUUAAUGCCUUGUUGUCAUCCAUAUCGGCCUUUCAUUGGUUUUGGUUAUUGUUGAUCAUCAUCAUUAUCUUCAAUGUCACCAUAUCUGAAUCAUCUGCAUCAUCCAUAAGUAAUAAUAAUGGUGGUGGUGGUGGUGAUCUAGCUUCAUCCAGCACAAAUUCUCAACAACAACGUAAUGGUCCACGUUUUUUAAUCGAACCGCCUAUUCGUGUUCAUUUUCUUAAUGAAACUGGUGCUGUGAUUCAAUGUAAAAUUACUGGACAACAACCACUUCGUAUUUGGUGGUCAUUAUCCGAUGGUACAAUCGUUACAGAUAUUAAUGGUUUACGUACAAUCAGGCCAAAUGGUGAUCUUGUUUUAUCACCAUUUUCAUCAACAUUAUUUCGACAAGAUGUCCAUUCAGCAAUCUAUCGAUGUAUGGCAACCAAUUCGAUUGGUACAAUUCGUAGUCGAGAUUGUGAAAUUCGUGCUGUGAUCCCACAACCAUAUAAUGUCCAAGUUUAUGGUGAAUAUGCAAUCAAAGGAAAUACGGGUCAUCUAAAAUGUCAAAUACCAGCAUUUGUACGAGAAUAUGUUCAUGUUAUUGCAUGGUUAAAAGAAGAUACAAUUCUGGCUACACAUCUUUCGCCCAAAGAUUCACGUUAUGUUAUACUAGAUAAUGGUGAUUUACUAAUCAGAAAUUCAAGUCGAUCAGAUAAUGGUUAUUAUCGUUGCCAAACACGACAUGAACUUUCACAGGAAACUGUAUUAAGUUCAAUUGAAGGACAUUUUAUUGUAAAUGAUGUCAUAUCGGGUGUUAGUCCAAGAAUAACAUCACAAUCACCGAUCAAAACACAAUUAGGUCAUAGUGCACAAUUAUUAUGUGUAACAAAAUCAUGGCCACAAGCAACUGUCAGAUGGUUUCAAGCAUCUGAAUCCGGUUUAAUUACACCGAUUCGACCGUCCACAAAUGUACAAAUCUAUGAUAGUUUUGUUGAUAUUCGUCACGUAACCGAACAACAUUCGGGUAAUUGGAUUUGUGUAGCGAAUAAUUCAUUGGGUGAAGAACGAUCAUAUAUCGAAUUAUACGUGACACGUCCAAUUCAAGUAAACAUGUCACCCGAUUAUUUAGUUGCCGAUAUGACUUCAACGGCUACGUUUGUUUGUAAUGUUAGUCAAGGCCAACCAAUAUCGAUACUAUGGGUUAAAGAUGGUCAACCAAUUAUGAUGGCUGGUUCUAUUGGUUCUGUUGCCAAUCAAGCCAGUAACAAUCUUGGAUAUGUUACCAACGGUGGUGGUGAAGGUCGUAUUCGAUUGAUCGAACCACAUGUACUUAAUAUUCGUUCGGUUGUCCGUGAAGAUGCUGGCUGUUAUCAAUGUAUUGUCCAGGCAGAUGAUCAUAGUAUACAGGCUAUUGGUGAGCUUAAAUUGGGCGAUAGUCCUCCGGUGUUUGUCGAAACAUUUGCCGAAGGUUUAGUGUUCGAACAAGGCAAUCAAAUAUCGUUGAAAUGUUCGGCUAGUUCUACAUUGCUACCUCAAAUUCGAUGGUUUCUGGAUGGACAAUCUAUUGAUGGCUAUGCACCACGGCGAUUGACAAUGGGUGAUUUUGUUAAAUCAAGUGGUCAUGUAGUCAGUUUUGUUAACAUAACCAAUGCCAAAGUGAUUGAUGGUGGCCAAUAUCAAUGUAUGGCAAGUAAUAGUGCUGGCACCAUAAACUAUUCGGCUAGAAUCAAUGUUAUUGGACCUGCUUCAUUGCGAGCUAACUGGCUUUCAACGGCGUCGGCAUCGGCAACGGGCAGCAACUCAUCUCCAACAAAGACAUCAUCAUCAUUAUCCGACUACACGAUUACGGUAAUUUCAGGCCGUUCAGUUACUUUAAUAUGUCCAGUAAUCGCUUAUCCAAUCGAAUCAUUGAUUUGGCAACAUCGAUCGGCUAUAUUGCCAAGUAAUCAUCGUCAUCAAAUCGAAGCCAUUAUCGGCGGCAUGGGUGGCAAAUUGACCAUUCAAAAUGUUCAUCGAGACAAUGAUCAAGGAGACUAUGAAUGUAUUGUUAAGGGAUCGGAUGCUAAGCCGGUACGCGGUACUAUUAGAAUGGUUGUUCGUGUUGCUCCAUUAAUCGAUUCACAAUUGAUAUCGGCCACCACUAUAGCCAAUCAAGGAAUGAAAGUAAAACUUAUGUGUUCAGUAUUGGAAGGUGAUCCACCACUUCGUAUUAAAUGGUUUAGACAUGAAAAUGAUGGCCAUAUUGAACAGAACAACAAUGGUGUUCUUCAACCAGUCACCACUAAUCAUGCAAUGGGUAUAUCCGUACAAGAAGAUGAAGAUUAUUCAUUGCUUACAUUUCGUAGUGUUUCGAUUCGUCAUGUUGGUAAUUGGACAUGUCGGGCAUGGAACGAUGUUCAAUCGGUAAAUCGAACGACAUAUCUUAUAGUGAAUGUAGCGCCAUCUUGGCUUACCGAACCAAAAAAUAGUCAAGUAGUUUUGGGAAAUAAUAUCAUUAUCGAUUGUAAUGCACAAGGAAAUCCAAAACCUCGUGUUUUAUGGAAAAAAUCCACUGCCAUAUCCGGCAGUACAACUAACGGACUGGAUGAUUAUAGUGGUGUUAAUGAUCAAUCGAUUGAUCAAUCAUCAUCAUCAACGAAAAACGAUAUCGAUCAACAUCCAUCCGAAUACAGAGAACUGUUAUCCACAUAUCGACGACAAGUCUAUCCAAAUGGAACACUUUUCAUUCAGGAAGUGGACAAAUCAGAUGCAGGGUUCUAUAUGUGUCAGGUAUCGAAUGGUAUCGGUGCCGGUCUUAGCAAAGUAAUUCAUUUGAUCGUACAAUCACCACCAUAUUUCGCAACAAAAUUUCUAAGUAAAUCUGUAAGCAAAGGUGAAACAGCUUUGUUAGAAUGUCAAGUACAAGGUGAUCCAGUUCUUCAUAUUCAUUGGUAUAAAGAUCGAGCCUUAAUUCAUUCAUCAUCCAAUAUGGCAAUCACCGAAUCACCAUCGCCACCACCACCAGCAACAAUGAAUGACAGUAAUCAUUUGACAACGAUGAUGCAUACAUUUCACGAUACACGUUAUACGAUCAAACAGGAUGUUAUUUCUUCACAAAAAGUUAUAUCCUUUCUACAGAUUAUCAAUGUUGAUCGACAAGAUUCGACUAUUUAUACUUGUAUUGCUAGCAAUGAUUUUGGUACUGAUAAUACUUCGGUUCAACUUAUCGUUCAAGAGGUACCUGAUGCACCGCCAGGUGUUGAAAUAGUUGAAGUAUCCAGUCGAAGCAUACAACUACAAUGGAAAUCUCCAUAUUCCGGUAAUUCACCAUUGAUUCGAUUUCAUGUUCAAUAUCGUCGAGUGAAUUGCAGUUAUAUGAAACAUGAACCGGAAUCUUUUUGGAACGAAAUGAGCACACAUAGUGGAACCGAAUUACGAAUUACGGUCAAAGGAUUAAUGCCCAAUUGUUAUUACGAAGUUAAAGUCAGUUCUGAAAAUCAGAUCGGUCGAUCUGAACAAAGCACAAAUUCAAUUGUAACGAAAACUUUGGAAGAAGUACCGGGUGGUCCACCGACCGAUGUCCAAGUGGAAACAACAUCUUCUACAUCGCUUAAAAUUAAAUGGCGACCACCAUUAAGAGCUGUACAAUUUGGUCGUAUUCGAGGCUAUUACAUUGGUUACAAAAUUGUUGGUUCGGAUGAACCAUUUCAGUACAAAAAUGUUGAUGUUGUCAAUGAUGAUCCUAAUGCUUCAACAAUCAGUGAACAAUCGCAACAAGUUAGCUACAUAACCAAUCUGAAACGUAAAACCAGUUAUGUAAUCAUUCUGCAAGCCUACAACAGUGUUGGUCCUGGACCUCGUUCUGAUGAAAUCAAAAUAUCAACUUUUGAUUCGCAACCACCAACAUCACCGUUGUUAGAAGUAGUCACUACCACCUAUGAUGGUAUCCUAAUCAAAUGGGAUUCCAGUUUUCAACAAUCACAUGGUCAUACUGUAGACGACAUUGAAGAAAAAGAAUAUGUUCUUUAUUAUCGCCAAGAUGAACAGAAAUCGGCUACCGAAUGGCAUCAGAAACGAAUCUAUGCAAAAUCGAAUCAAUUUGUGUUGAACAAAGAAAAUAGCCAAGGACGUAUUCGUUGUGGUACAAAAUAUCAUCUGUAUAUGACUGCUACGAAUAGUUUGGGUACUGGAGAACCAAGUGAAACGGUGAUAGCCCGAACCAAAGGAGAUACGCCGAUUGCGCCUAGUCGAGCCGAAUUUAUUGUUGCCAAUUCGACGACUGCAAUUUUAUCGCUAAAAUCAUGGCAAGCUCGUGGUUGUAUAAUACAGGCAUUUACCAUACAAUACAAACCAGUUCAACAAAAACAAUGGAUACCUUUGGUUGAAUAUUUGGAAAGUCGUGAUUAUUUCUAUGUAAAUCAUUUGAGUCCAAAUCGUGAUUAUCAACUAUUGGUUAGUGCACAUUCUGAACCUGGUGUUACAAGACAAGAAUACACAUUCCAUACGCCAAACGAUUCGGCUGUUGUCCGUCUACAUAGUGGUGGUGGUAGUAUUGGUUUGUCCGCAUCGGCAUCGCCAAUGGAUCCUUAUACAAUCGAUUCGAUGCACAGCGGUCAUACAGCCAAUAUUCAUUUUCGUAAUUUUACUGUUCUGUUGCCCGUAUUAAUAUCAUUGAUGGUAUUGAUUGUUAUAUUGGCCACUUUAUUUGGUUGUCUACGACGACAACAUGUUAAUCAUGUGGUCAAUUCGGUUGAUGGUCAUGGAUCAAUACGACAAGAUCUUUGUGCCGAACAUUUGGCCCGUUAUAAUGGUAGUAAAGAAGGUGCAAUCACUACCAACACUAUGUUAGUAAACGGUAGACGUGAUAGUCUUGAAUGUUAUCCAAUGACCGAAUUUCAUCCACCUGCCAAUGUAAUGGCAACAACAUCCUGUACCAAUUCCUGUGAUUCAAAAUCAAAUCUUUUGAAUGGCAACAUAAACAAUGGAGAUAUGUUUGCCACUUCACCACGUCAUGCUCGUAUUGGACCAUAUAUUAGCGAGAAUGGAAUGGCCAAUUUUGCUACAUUAAAAUUGCUACAACAAUCAAAAACAAAUGGUUCUGCCAUUAUAGCCGAACAAUCAUAUUAUUCAUCACCACAACGUAAAAGUUUGUUGGCAAAUAUUAAUGGUGGCAACAAUCAUCUUCAUCGAUCCGAUCAUGAAUAUGCUGAACCAUUACAAACAAGCGGUAACAUAGUUCGUAAUGGUCGUUGCAGUAUGGCCGAUUUAUUACUGGUCGUAGACAGUAAUACUACUGUCGAUAAUUCCAAUUCAUUAGGAUUGGCUGAUAAUGAUUCGCUUGCGCAACAACUACAACAACAACAACAACAACAACGACAACAACCAUUGUCGAUGCAAGUUCAGCUUGCUCAAACCGGAUGUACUUCAACAAACAACGAUCAUCAUCAGUCAUCCUAUUCAAUUCUAAACAAAACGGCAAACACAAAUCAAGAACAUUUAUGAAUUAUUAUUGUUGUUGUUAUCAAUCUCCAUACAUCUUACCUGUGAUAUUCUUUCUUUUCCUUUUCGAUAACAAUCAUUUUAUUCCAUUUUUUAAUUGUGUUUUUUU